CUCAUGAUAAUCUUCUACGCAAGUGUUGAGUGAUAUACUGUGUACAUAAGACGACAAUGGAAGUGAAGGUGACGCUGAUGCAACUGACCGUGUUAGUGCUGAUGGCGUUAGCAGCAGCAGCAGCUGACCAAGCCCUGCCCGGCUGCCCCAAAAAAUGCGGAAGCGUUUCAGUUCCGUAUCCCUUUGGCAUAGGCGUGUCAUCGGUCAGCGGCGAAAAGUGCUUCUUGGAGGACGCAUUGGAGCUCACGUGCCAAAAUUCCACUUUACUCCAUGGCGGUAGCGGCAACGUCGAAAUCUUGAACAUAGCACUCGGGGGCAAAAUGGACAUGCUCUUCAGCGUCUCCACGGUGUGCAGAAACGGAAGUGAAAGAGUACCAACAGAAGGUGAAGAAAUUGGGUUGAGAAGUCCGGGUUUUGCUAUUUCCAGCAAGGACAACACGUUCGUAAGCGUAGGGUGCGACACUUACGGCUACUUCAACAGUUACGUGAACGGAACCAAAUCCUCGACGGGGUGCUUGACAACGUGCGGAAGCAAAGAGAGCAUGAAUAGCAUGCAGCAGAGAGGUGGAAACUGCACGGGGAUUGGGUGCUGCCACGUGGACAUACCUCCGAAGAUGCAGAACAUUAGUUUUCAGACAUUCAGCUUUAACAACUUCGAGUCCUCUUCCGACUUCAGCAACUGCAGCUACUCCUUUGUUGUCGAAAACGGCAACUACACUUUCUCGUUGGACCACCUAAACGGCCUGCCGUUUCGCAAGACAUCCUUGGUCGUGGAUUGGAGCGUUGGAAACGUGACGUGUAACGUUUCCAAGCGUAGUGUUGAUUAUGCAUGUAAGAGGAAUAGCGAUUGCAUGGGCUCCAACACUGGAUAUGGCUACCGUUGCGCAUGUAAAGCGGGUUUUGAGGGAAACCCAUACCUUCCAACUGGUUGCCAAGAUAUUUUGGAAUGUGCAACUGGGAGACACAAUUGCACAUGUGAACAAGAUUGUGUUGAAACCUCUGGCUCAUUCAAAUGUGUCCCCCGCAAAGGAAAAAACAAGAAUAGAACAAAUAAAGGUGGACAGUGCGACAAAAAUCAGCGAAAUGAUACUUCCAACAAAAACAAUAAGCAUAGAAAAAAUAAAUCUGCCAAGGCCGGCAUUGGUUUUGGAGUAGGAGCGGGAGCAAUUGUUCUAUCUGUGGGGACUUCUGGGAUAUACUUGGAUUACCAGAAAAGAAAAGCCUCCAAAUUAAAGAAGAUGUUUUUUCAGCAAAAUGGUGGUAUGAUUCUAGAUCAGCAGCAACCCCCUCCAGGAGAAGACUCGUCUCAAUCUCCUACAAUUUUCACUUCAGAUGAACUUAAGAAAGCCACAAACAAUUUUAAUAAAAACUCAAUCAUCGGUAAAAGAGGUUUCGGUACAGCUUUCAAGGGAGUUCUAUCAAAUAACAAGACUGUUGCUAUCAAAAAGUCUAGAAGAGUUCCUCAGAGCCGAGUUAAGCAAUUCAUUAAUGAGGUCCUUUCCCUAUCACAAAUUAAUCAUAAGAAUGUGGUCAAGUUCUUGGGUUGUUGUCUAGAGACGGAUGUUCCUUUAAUGAUUUACGAAUUUGUCAACAAGGGUACCUUUUUUGAUUAUCUACACAACAAAUCUGAGGCAGAUAAUGUAUCAUGGGAAACCUAUCUAAGGAUAGCAACAGAGACGGCUGAAGCUCUAUCUUAUCUACACUCUAAAAAGAAUUAUAGACAUACCUAUCCAAUCAAGACUUCCAACAUACUCUUAGACGACACUUACACUGCCAAAGUGUCUGAAGUUGGAGCUUCAAGAUUGGUUGCACUCGAUCAAACUGAUUUAGUCACAAUUGUGCAGGGAACUGUUGGCUAUUUAGACCCAGAGUACAUGCAAACAAGCCAAUUGACUAAAAAAAGUGACGUUUAUAGCUUUGGGGUGGUUCUUGUAGAAAUAUUAACAGGAGAGAAACCUUUUUGUUUUGAUAGGCCAGAGGAAAAACGAAGCCUUAUAAUGCACUUUCUGUCUUACUUGAGAGAGGGUCGUCUAGUUGAAGUUAUUCAAAUGGAUAUUUGGGAUGAUGGAAACAACGAGCUAGAGAUCAAGGAGGUUGCUAAUCUUGCUGCUAAGUGCUUGAAACUUAGAGGGAGGCAAAGGCCUAGCAUGGAGUAUGUGGCAAUGGAGUUGAAACGAAUACAACAAAUGGGGAAAGACCCAUUGACUAAUGAAAGUGAAAAUGUUGAGGAGACUUCGAUGAUUGAAGAUGAGGGGAUUUCGGAGAUUGAAGAUGAGUAAUGCACACGAGAUAAUUUUGUGCAAGUUUACUUCAGUUAUUUCGAAGUUCAAUGUAUUUCUAAUUUUGUUUCAUGUAAUUGGCAUGGAUAUAAUUCGGACAAGGAAUAUGAUAAUUUCCAAUAACAUAUUUCUAUGUAUUCCUUCAAAGUUCAAAUUACUCGAGGUGCCCAUUUUGUUGA